AGGCCCAGUUAGAUCCGACGACGUCGUUUGAAGCUCUCGAUCAUAGCAUUUGUGCAACCCUCGUCUUCUCCCUUUUCUGUGCAGGUCUGCUGCUUCUCAUUCAUCAUCAAAAUCCAGAGAUUAGUGAGUAAGAUUGAAGGAAAAUGAGUGCAUACAACGCAUUUAAAGCAAAUGUUCCAGUUGCGUGGAGCCGGAAUCUGUACAUAACGCUGGUGAGGGGAAUGCCCGGCACGAGGAAGCUCCACCGCCGCACCUUAGAGGCCUUGCGCCUCACCAAGUGCAACCGCACCGUCAUGCGCUGGAAUACCCCCACUGUCCGUGGAAUGAUCCAACAGGUGAAAAGGUUGGUUGUGGUGGAGACGGAAGAAAUGUACAACGCUCGGAAGCAGAAAGACGCUAAUCACCGAGCGCUGCGCCCGCCUUUGGUCGUAAAUCACCAGCCUGCCUCGACUAAUGAUUCUUCUGCAUAAUUUCUGAGAUUAUUGACCGCCUAUAGGUUGUCUACAAAAUAAGUCAUCUCUAUGAAUGAGGACUAGUGGCGCCUCAAAACCAAUGUUUAAGCACUGAACUCGGAGGACGUGCAAAAUUUUGUACUCUUUCUACUUCUGAAGCUUUUAUUUGUGGAUUGGGGCGCUGACACAUCUACAGAGGUUCUAGCCAAGGCACGUCUUCUGCUGGUUGAGAACUUUCUACUUCUGAAGCUUUUAUUGUUAAAGACUUCAUAUACUCGUAUGAUGAUAGAGAUGAUUUAUCCUUAGAUGAAGAAAAUAGAUGUUUUGACAAUUGCAGUUAUGCACUUUUAAGUUUUAGCUACUUGCCUUGCUUGUUCUGUACA